AUGCAGAGCUUACCCAAAAGACCAUAUGUCUUGGUAAUGUUUUCUAGCGGGUUGAACAAAAUAAGUUGGGUCUGGGGCCUAAAAUUUAUCAAAAGUUUCAUGAUGACUGAGAGUGGUGAUAAUGGCUACAACUUGAAAAAUUUGGUCAAAAUAUUCCUAGUGCACGAUAGUUGGUUCAUCAAGUCCAUAACCUCAGUAUUGUACAACUUCAACUCGACUAAAAAGAACCUACUGAAUCUAAAUAAAAUACUAGAUACUUUUGCAUUAGACUCAACAAGAACAACUGCCGGCGAGGAUAAACAAACCAUAGUCGUCCAUUGCCGGGAUUUAAGCCAGUUAGCUGAAUAUCUAGAUAUUACCAAAUUAAAGAUAUCCCUAAACAUUUACAAGUAUGACCUACAACUCGAGCCUUGUAUACAUUUAUCAAUGAAAAUGACUCCAGUGAUAAAUCCAUAUGUUACAUUAUCAAGCGAGAAACACCCAGUUUUCAAUCAUCAUUUGUACCAGCUCUUCAACAUUAUAAAUACUAAUGGAACUAAAGUUGAAUUGAUCUUUUAUAAACCGGGCAAAAAGACAUACAUUGAUAUUCUUUACCAGUGUCUUUUAAGAAACCAGUUCUUUUGGAUAAACGAUUGGGAUUUAUACAGUAUAUCAACAGCAUUCAAAAAAAUCUUGCUGGAGUUACCACACCCAUUGAUACCAAGCGACGAAAUUAGUCUUCCUAUCAAAGAUAACUUUGACUAUACGAGUCAAGUUUUGCACAAAAUAAUUAUUAGGCACCGGCAUUUUUCUCUGACUGAAAAUUAUGAUCAACUUUUGUUGCAAUUGUUUCAAUGCUUUUAUAAUCUUACCAGGAAUGAGCACAUAACAAAACACACAACCACUACUAUUGGGAAAUCGCUUUCUCACUGCUUAUCCCAUAAACCGGUGACAUCAGAAAAGAAUGAAAUUCAAGUAAUUCAGAGAUUUAUUAGAAAUGUCGUGGAGCAUUGGGAGGAAAUAAGUAAAAUACAUCAUUUUACACAAAUUGAGGACAUUAUUGUACAUAGUGAACAAGAAGCCAAUGAUACAAUUGAGAACUCAUACGAUGUAAGCUACGAUGUCAGUUAUGACAACGAUAGUAAUGAUGAAGAAAAUCGUUAUCAUCCUCAUUCUAUUUUCGAGGCAUAUACUGUCUCAAAUCCCAAUGUCAACUCAAUGACCAGGAGCAAAUAUAAAGACAACCGUAGUAUACAAUCUUCAGACCUACGUCCCAUAAACAGGCAUGCCACGAUAGAGAAAAAACCACCAUUACCUGAAAGAAGACCAAGCACAUUGCAAAAAGCAGAAAACAAUUCUGUUUUACACAAGAACGAUUCUACCUCUAAAACCAACUUGAACUUGAAGACUAAAGAACUACCUCGAUUACCGGAACGGAAACAACUCAACAAUAACUCUUCAGAUGAACAAAUACAAGAGAGCGCAAACGUAUCCAAACCCAUCCAUUCAGGAAAAGCCACUAAUGAAAAACCAGAAAAUUUGACAGAUGAGAAUGUGUUUAGUUCGCCGGUUGAAACUGGACAACAACCACGGAAAAAGGACACAGCAUUGACUAAUGUUUCCAAUUUGCAAUUACAGUUCCCACCACAAAAGUAUCAUUUCACACCACUGCCACCAUCAACAACAACAACAACACCAACAACAAACAAAUCCAAUACUAUAUCGGCAUUAAGCAUAAAUGGAAACGACGCAAAUCUCACAAAGAAUGAACUCAAAAAGAAACCUGUUAUUCGAGGUCGUAAAGUUUUGCAGUUGACCAAAUUAUUUGAAGAAAGAUGUGAAGGUAUACAAAUUUUAAAAAGUAUGUAA